UUCUCCUUCUACGAAAUGUUUGUGGAUUAGUAGCUCAGUUAUUCUUCAGCUUUAAGUGAUCCUUGCAGGGAUUAUUCAAGCAUGUAUGAAUUCUGAAGAUGAGUAGCAACUGAUGAAUUGUGUGCUUGCAAAAGAGUUGCUAUUUUGUGCAUGCUUUGCACCCUGCUGUUUGAAGUAAUUAAAUGUUAGAUCCUUGUAGCCUUCUGUCUUAAUAGUGAGGUUGGUCUGGUACCCACUGGUCUCUUGGUACUAGCUAGGUGUAAAUAUAUUACUACCUACCUAGGCUGCCUUGUUAGCAUAUGAGUGGGCACAUGCUAGUUAGAGCUGCUCUUUGAGAUGCAUACAGGUUUUUGCAGUUCAAGCAUUAUCAAGUGAGCCAAAUGCAAAUAAGAUCUCAGGAAUUCUGAGAGGAAGAUGAGCAAGUACAUCAAAACAGCAUCAGAGAUUUGAUGCAGCGGUCACUCUCCUUUGUGGUCUCUAGCAUCUAGUGCUAACCAGACAAAUGCUGAUACCUUUUGGCCAAGAUGGAGGCAAGCUGAUUAAUCCCAUCCUCAGAAGUCACCUCACUGAGGAGAAUAAGCAUGGCAAUAGAGUUGAUUUUAGAACUGUGACUUGAGACCAAAUGGUAACUACACAUCAUUGUAUCCUUACUUAGCUUUUCCCUAUUUUAAUCCCAAAUGAGUAACAGUGGUACUUCUCUGUGCUGUGUAGUAUUGGUUUUAAAACCCCAUAUGCUAAUGUUGAAAUAAGGAUUGAAGCUCAAAAAAGACAGCUGCAUGUGUUGAGGACCCACAAACUUACCAGGAAUAAAUGGAUCUAUUUAGGAAGUGUCUGUAACUGUUCUUAAAACUUUCUGGGGACUCUAGUCUAGGUAGGACCUUAGUGCAGCUCCUGCUUAAAAGCAAGCAGGGAAAUAGUUUGAGUGUUUAAGAGUAGUGGUGGGACUGGAGAGCUUCCCUGCAGAAGGAAAGUGAAAGCUAGUGAUUGCCCUAUGAAGGGGAAUUUUGUUACAAAAUUCAGCUUUUUAGAAUUAAGGAGUUCAGAAAUCAGCUUGAGGAGCAACAGAGGCAAAACACCACCAACUUUCCCCUUGUCCUGUUAGUGGCAUGAAAGUACUGAAGCAUAGCUGCUGCUUCUUUAUCUUCAAUUUUUUUAUUGUAGAAUUGAUGCUGUAAACUGGGGUUGCAUGUAAUUGAAACAGUGAUAUAAAAGAUGCUGUCAUGACAGUUACGCUUAUGUUUUUAACAAUUUCUGCCAUCCCUCUAGAGUUUGUUCUCUCAUGUUUACUGUUCAAUUAGCCCAGCUGCUAUAUUCAUUAGAUUUCACAUUUGUCAAGUGAAAUAUCAACAGAUUCUGUAAUACUGUUUUGAAGUUCAUUACAAAUAGAAGACCGUCUUUAUAAAGACUUCCAGUUUCAGAUUUCUAACCUUGCAGCUUACUAUGUUAAUCAGAAGGGCUUGUUUUAACUGUCAGCUCUAGCCCAAACCUGUCAAAAUGCUGAAAGCUACUAAAUUGAUUAUUUAUUUACUUUGAUUAUUCUUCUGAUGUCCGUGUUUCUAUGUCUGAAGUGUUGCAGAGAAAGCCACAAAGGCUAAUCUCUGGUGUCUUCUGUUUCGUGCUGGCCAAAUAAAGCAGCAGGUGGGUGGUAAAAAUUUCACAUUUGAAAGAAGAUGAAGCUCAUUAUAAGCCCAUGAAGAUUCCUUUUAACGUGAACAUAAGUGCCUAAAUCUUAAUUUUGUGUGGCUCUUUCCUCAUUGUUAUUAAAACCUUUUGCAAAGCUUCAAAUGCUAUAGCUGUUGCCUCUCUUGAUACUCUUGAUAGUCUAAUACUACUCUUUUUUAUGUUUGUUUUUUUUUCCUCCCCACCAAAGUGUCUCUUUAUCAUUUCAAAAACACUAGCACAGUGUUAAAUGGCUUCUCCGCAGACCUGUACGCAAAGUUCAUAAUGAAGUGUAUGGUCUGAACUGCAUACAUCUCUGUUGCAAGGGGCAGUGGCCUCAGGUCACUUCUUGCCUAUGCAUCUGGAAGUAUUUCCUAGGUUAACCUGUUGCUGUCUGGGAUAAGCCUUUUGGAAGAACACUUAAAGUAGUUUUCAAAUAGUCUUUCCUUCAGCUGUGAAAGCUUGCACAUAUUACAAGUAUAGUCAGACCAUUUCUCAUCCUCUGAAACCACUUCUAGGACCUUGAAAAGAUCUUCAACCAACUCUUUUCCAAAACUACCUACCCGUUUGAGGCUUAUAAUAUAACUUCUGUCACAUGUGAGUGCAGAGGAGUUCCAGGAAUUUCAUUCUUAUGUUUGUUUCUGAACCUGUGUUAAGUCUAUAAAUAAACCCAUGCCAGAUCUAAGUUAGGGAGACAAUUUUGCAGUUUAAGUACUUUGACUAGGAGACAAGAAAAUUAAUUUAUUUUGUUCUUUUUGUGAAAUUCAGUUUAAUUUAAAAAAAAAAAAAGGUGGAUCAUUAAGAUUCAGCAACAGUAAAACAAGUAUUUUCUAUUAAUGUAUCUGAUAUUCUUUGCAGGACCAUAAUAUUCAGGAGAAAUGCAGUCUUUAAGACUCCAUAGAUCUCCGUAGGCUUUUGGGAAUCUUUUCUAUUCAGUUGCAGUUAUGAAGAGAACUGGAUACAAACUACUUCUGGAGCUGUAAAAUUGUGUUUUAUCUCUGUCUUCAUUUUUGCCCUUUGUCUUUGUGGGUUCUCCAGCCUAUUGCAUCAAAAGAAACAUGAUGCAAAAUAUCUUUUAGUUACUGUGUGUCUUGUCCAGAAUGUCCUUUGCUCUGUAAUGUUGUCCUGUAUUCUUGUAUAUUUAACAAGAAUUUCAACAUUUUAUUCCAAAGAAAAAUAAUAUAUUGUGAUUAGCUCAAUGAAAAAGCUUAGGAAAGCUUUUUUCAUCACUCGGAGAUUACUAGUUGUAGUAGUUAUCAAGUUCUUCUGUGUUCAUACUCAUUAGAAGUAACUGUCAGUAGCAUAAUGGGUUAUGCUACCUGUUUCAUUUUGUCUUGAGGCAAAAUGGACUCAUACAAAGUCAGUCCUAGUUUAUAAGCAGCCUUCCCUGUUCCUGUCACCUAAUUAGUUUUUCCUGGGAUUUCUGUAUGUGCUGGAAACAGAAUUAGUGACUCUUUGGGCUGACCUAUCUGUUUGCUGCAUCUCAAUCAGCCAACCCCUACAGCUGAUCACUGGAUGACCUGCCAUAGUGUGUAAGCUCUUAGCAUUCUGAUAACAACCAUUGCCUCAAAAGGGGAAUUACAGAAUUGGCCUGAACUCUUACCAAAGCUUUGCAGCCUGUUGGAUUCUGAAGAUUACAAUACUUGUGAGGGUGCUUUUGGUGCUCUACAGAAGAUAUGUGAAGAUUCUGCUGAAAUUUUAGAUAGUGAUGUAUUGGACCGACCACUCAAUAUCAUGAUACCUAAGUUCUUGCAGUUCUUCAAGCACAGCAGUCCAAAAAUAAGGUCUCAUGCUGUUGCAUGUGUCAAUCAAUUUAUCAUCAGCAGAACUCAAGCUCUUAUGUUGCACAUAGAUUCUUUCAUUGAGAACCUUUUUGCACUGGCUGGUGAUGAAGAGCCUGAAGUACGCAAAAAUGUUUGCCGUGCUCUGGUAAUGUUGCUGGAAGUUCGAAUGGAUCGCCUGCUUCCUCAUAUGAUUAGUAUAGUUGAGUACAUGCUUCAAAGGACCCAGGACCAAGAUGAAAAUGUGGCUUUGGAGGCUUGUGAGUUCUGGCUGACUUUGGCUGAACAGCCAAUUUGUAAAGAUGUAUUAUGUCGGCAUCUUACUAAGCUGAUACCUGUGCUGGUAAAUGGUAUGAAAUAUUCAGAGAUCGAUAUUAUUCUGUUGAAGGGGGAUGUUGAAGAAGAUGAAGCUAUUCCAGAUAGUGAACAGGACAUAAGACCUCGUUUUCAUCGUUCACGGACGGUGGCUCAGCAACAUGACGAAGAUGGUAUUGAAGAUGAUGACGAUGAUGACGAUGAACUUGAUGAUGAUGAUACUAUUUCCGACUGGAAUUUAAGGAAAUGUUCUGCUGCUGCUCUAGAUGUCCUAGCCAAUGUAUUUCGCGAUGAACUUCUGCCACACAUCUUGCCCCUAUUGAAGGAAUUGCUCUUUCAUCCCGAAUGGGUAGUUAAAGAAUCUGGUAUCCUUGUUCUUGGAGCAAUUGCUGAAGGCUGCAUGCAGGGUAUGAUUCCAUAUCUUCCUGAGCUGAUCCCUCACCUUAUUCAGUGCCUCUCUGACAAAAAGGCUCUUGUGCGCUCCAUUACAUGCUGGACUCUUAGUCGCUAUGCACACUGGGUAGUUAGUCAACCCCCAGACACAUACUUGAAGCCAUUAAUGACUGAGUUGUUAAAGCGUAUCCUGGAUAGCAACAAGAGAGUACAAGAAGCUGCCUGCAGUGCCUUUGCUACUCUAGAAGAGGAGGCUUGUACAGAGCUUGUUCCUUAUCUUGCGUAUAUACUUGAUACUUUGGUCUUUGCAUUUAGUAAAUACCAGCAUAAAAACCUGCUCAUUCUUUAUGAUGCUAUAGGAACUCUAGCAGAUUCUGUAGGACAUCAUCUAAAUAAACCAGAAUAUAUUCAGAUGCUAAUGCCUCCAUUAAUCCAGAAGUGGAACAUGUUGAAGGAUGAAGAUAAAGAUCUCUUCCCUUUAUUAGAGUGCCUGUCAUCAGUUGCUACUGCCUUGCAAUCUGGCUUUCUUCCAUACUGUGAACCUGUGUACCAGCGCUGUGUAAAUCUGGUGCAGAAGACCCUUGCACAAGCCAUGUUGCAUAAUGCUCAGCCAGACCAAUAUGAGGCUCCAGAUAAAGAUUUCAUGAUUGUGGCUCUUGAUUUACUCAGUGGUUUAGCUGAAGGACUUGGAGGCAACAUUGAACAGCUAGUGGCUCGCAGCAAUAUCCUGACACUAAUGUACCAAUGCAUGCAGGAUAAAAUGCCUGAGGUACGGCAGAGUUCUUUUGCAUUGUUAGGGGAUCUGACAAAAGCGUGUUUCCAGCAUGUUAAGCCUUGCAUCGCUGAUUUCAUGCCAAUUUUGGGAACCAACCUAAACCCUGAAUUCAUUUCUGUGUGUAACAAUGCCACCUGGGCAAUUGGAGAAAUCUCCAUCCAGAUGGGUAUAGAGAUGCAGCCUUAUAUUCCAAUGGUGUUGCACCAGCUUGUAGAAAUAAUUAACAGACCCAACACACCAAAGACGUUGUUAGAGAACACAGCAAUAACAAUUGGUCGUCUUGGUUACGUUUGUCCUCAAGAGGUGGCCCCCAUGCUACAGCAGUUUAUAAGACCCUGGUGCACCUCUCUGCGAAACAUAAGAGACAAUGAGGAAAAGGAUUCAGCUUUCCGUGGGAUAUGUACCAUGAUCUCCGUCAACCCCAGUGGAGUAGUCCAAGACUUUAUUUUUUUUUGUGAUGCUGUUGCAUCGUGGAUUAGCCCAAAAGAUGAUCUCCGAGACAUGUUCUGUAAGAUUCUUCAUGGAUUUAAAAAUCAACUUGGGGAUGAGAAUUGGAGGCGUUUCUCUGACCAGUUUCCUCUUCCCUUAAAAGAGCGCCUUGCAGCUUACUAUGGAGUUUAACCUCAUGCACUGUAGCUGCAGUCCCAUAAUUAGAGGUCCUUCAGUCUGGGAGACUAUGAGGGAGCCUCUGCACCCAGGGAAAAUGUUACCCUUUACUGGGGGGAAGGGUAAACCAGUAGGGAAUACAGUACAAUCCCAACCCUACUGGGAGGGGUGGGAGGGAGGUGUUGCCGUCACUGUAUUAAGUCGAUGUUGGGAAAUGUUUUAACAUCUGGAGCCUUUGUGGGUGGAAAUCUGUCUCCUAUUACAACUCUGCACUGGAUGUGAAGAAGAAAAAAAAAAAAAAAAAAGGAAAAAAAAAAAAGAAUCUAGUCACAAAACAGCACAUUCUGGAAUAUUGUGGGGAAUUGUACCAAAAUAAGAACCAUAUAAUUGAACCAUAGGGAUACGUAAAGAGGAAAACUAUUUUGCGCACAAUAGAGGAAACCUAAGAAUGGGGGUCACAAACAGUAAAAGGCUUUCUUUUUUCUUUUAUGUUUUUUUUAAGUAAGGGUUUUCUACAUUAUUUCAUCCUGCUUGAUGGGAUUCCUAGGUAUUUGCAUGUUAAUGAAGAACUACACAAAUGAAGUUAGUACAGUUAAAAUGCAGCUUGUGUCUGUAUUAGGAGCAGGCACUUGCAGUGUACAAUAUAGAAACCCCAUCGUAAAUUAAUAAAGGUUGGCUUGGACAAAAGGAAGCAACCUGCAAGCUGCCAAAUGAGUCGCUCCUUUUGUUUUUGGGGUAAGGGGAGGGACACUUCAAAGGAAAGAUUGACAUUUAAUUUUUACAUUAAAAAAAGAAUUAAAGUAGUGGAUAUGAUUUGAUUAUUGUACUUCAUUAGAUUUAAUUUCUAGAGUAAGGUAUUAUUCUUAACCUGCAGUUUAAGGUUCAGGCAUGUGUUCUGGCUCAUAGUGAUCAGAAGUCAUUUAAAUUAGUGGGAAAGUAGCAUGCUUGCAUCACAUAGAGUGAAAUUGGUAUACAUUUACCUAUGUUGCGCCAGUUUUGUGUUGCAGUUUACCAAUUCAAUAUAGCCCUGCAUUUAAAAUUCCUUUUUCAGAUUCUGUGGAUUUUAUUUUUAUUAAGACUAUAGAUAUAAAGUACUGUAGUUAACAAUUAGGCCUUGAAAUACCUUUUUAGGAUCUGUUAAGAAUAAGAUUGAUAUUGUAUUGUGUGUAACCUGCACAAUGUGGAAAGCUGAUAUAGCUGUGCAAAAUAUUUGCCUCUGUGCUGUCAGUGUGAUGUGCUUUCUGCAUGGUUAUAUACUAGUGAUUUUAUCAGAAUCUCUAAAAAUGAGUUACAUGAUAAGACCCGUUAAAGGCUGCAUAAAUGUUAGUUGGCACGUAAAGACAAUUGUAGAAGUUGAUGACAUGAUUGCUAUAUUUGUGUUUAUUCCCAUUCAACAUAUUACCUUCUAUGCUUUCUUUUUUGUUCAAAGCAUGAUCUUAAAGAGAUGUUUAAGUUAAUGGAUGUAAUGCAGGGUAUCUACACUGUAUCGGCGCAUGUUGGUGGCCCUUUGUGAUGUAGUUAAAUGCACAAGGGUGCAAGUUUAAAGCUACAGAGUGAAAGUUGGUUUGGAUCCUCUUCAUUUCAUUUGUUUAGCUUUUCUGUUGUGUUUUUUUUCUCUACUUACAUGUAUUCCUGUGAAUAAAUCCUUGUUAAGUUAACCCUUUACUUUUCCUUCCAUGUGUAUUUUCUUAUGUACUGUGAAUGUGAAAUCCUAACUGGUACACUUGAUCUUGUGUCCAUCUGAAAGUGGCAAGUCUUUAAUAAUUUAGUUUGCCUAAAGAGUAUCCCAUGAUGAUAAAGGAAAAUGGAGAGAUUUUUAACUCUGCUGGUCAGAGGUGAAGCCACACCUUUCCAUUUUUCAAGUGCUGCAUAAUUAAUCUGCAAAACAAAAUUAAGCCAUAACAGCCUUUUUGUAGAUUUAGUUUCUCACCUUUGCGUUGCAGAAUGGAUACUGGAUAACAGUUUGGGGGUUUUUUUGUUUGGGUUUUUUUUUUUUUUUUAAGAACUUGCUCUUCUUUGCAUGGUUCUGUUCUUUGACUGUUGAAUGAUUUAGCCAUUGCACUGAAGUUUGAGCUGUGUGAGUGUGAACUUAAAAAUGCUGUUCAAAGAGUUUUGAUAUUUUUUUUAAUGCAUGAUAACAUGCAUGUUUUACAUGCCCCCCACCCCUGUUUUUUUUGGCUUUGCAAAUUUUAAUGGAUUAUGCCUGAAGAAUAGUUUGGACAGGUACUGUAUGAAGUACAUUCAGUAAUGCUAGUACAUAGUGUUUAUUCAAUUUGGUCAAAAUUGCGUGUGAUAACUUGCUUUCAAAUUACAUUGCUUUAGUAGCAAAUACAAAAUUCCUUCUUAGCUAAUAACUCUGAAGUAAAUUAGUAAUAGUCACUAAAACCACUUUAAAACCAAAUUCUGGAAGGAAAAAACCCUCUAAUUUAGCAAGGUGGGGGGUUAUUUUAGACCUAAACUUGCUUUGAUUUUGAGUGUGUCUGAACAUUAGGGAAGAGUUUCAGAGAAAUGACAUUGAAAAAAUUGUAGAAUAGAAAACCUACCCAAAAAAUACUGUAGCAUAACUGCUAGAAUCUGAAUUUAACUAAACUUCUUAAAUUUCAGAAAGCCCCUUUAACCAAAUAAAACCACUCCACCUCACCUUGGAUUAGCUUAGAAUGCCACUUUUGUACAUACAUAUUUUAAUAGGUAUUUGUACAGAUGUGAACUGAUCUGGUAUAACAGCAAAGAAAAUAAUUAAAAUAAGGCAGAAGUAAACACUACUGACAAAAUAGUCUUUUGUAUCAGUAAGUUCUCUCAUGGUAUAUUUUCAAGCAAAUAAACCAUAUUCCUAACACAUAAUAUAGCACAGAGAUUUGCAGAAGCCAUUUGGGGUAUAAUGUGAGGUAAGAAAAGUUCUGAAUCAGUAUUAACAUAAUUCAAUUAUUGCAUCAUGGGAUAUAUAAAAAGCAUCUUAAUUCUUGUGGUGUAGUCUUGACAGUUCUUGAAUGUUGACUGAAUGUUUAUACUGGUAGAAUUGUGAGUUUGUCUUUGUUACAUUCCAGUGUUUCUGCCUCUUGGCAUGCUAAAAGCACGGCUGGCUUCAUUUGCUCCUUACACACUGAAUAAAGUGCUGUUAGUGUGCUAAACUACAGAAAUAGCCGCUGCUAAGUAAUGGUGUAGACUUUCUACUUGAAUAUUUUUGUUGUAGGAACCUCAGGAGGUCAGUGUUUACUGUUUUUAUAUAUGCCUUUUUCCUGUUUUGAGUUUCCCUUUUUGAAGGAUUCUGAGAGUGAACAAAAGCUGCUGAUCAACCUAAGUUGGUAACAGAAAGUGUAUUUAAAAACCUUAUAAAUGCAUCUUUUUGGCAGUUCUAAAUUGCUAUUAAAUUAGUCUUAAGUGAAAUUCAAUACUAAAUUUUUUUUCAUUACACAUUCAGGAAACAGCUCGUUUCAUUUAGGGAAAAAGAUUAGAAUAGUUUAUUAUUUUAACCAGUGCAAGCAAAAAUAAUCAAUUUUGUAAAUCUUUCCAAAGCUUGAUUAUUUUCUAAAUCAGUGAAUAUGUAUAUAUUUAAAUUGUAAUAAGCUAAUUCUUAUGCUUUAGUUUAUUGAUCCUUAAAGCUUGUACUUAAAAGGUCACUUUUAGAAGAAUGGGUUUAAAAUUUAUAAUCAUUAUAAUUUUUAAAAGUUAUGAAGUAGCAUAAAUUUUGUAACUAACAAUAUUGAUACACACUGUGAUUUUUUUUUUGUUUGUUAGGACUUUUAUGUUAGCAUCAAUCUUAAUUACUUAAACUGCAUAUAUUGUAUAAUAGUGAAAUGUAUAUUUUAAAACUUCAAAUGGCUCUCCUCAAGCGAAACUCAUUGCUACUUAGAAAUAUUCAAAUACUAGCUUUAUCUCAGGUGAAUACUCUUGUACCCUUUUUGUUCAGAACACUUGGUAAUAAAAAUGUGUCUUAAUUAUAUUAGUUUAUGUAUUUCAUUUAGGCAGCUCCUCUGUCUUAAACUUACUCUAAAUUAACCUUCUACUGUGGGACAAUAAUGACUUUUGCUUCACCUAUUUUAUUCAUAUUGAAUGUAUUAACAGAUAAGGUGCAAAAACAUUCUUCCCUUGGGGAGAAUCCAUCCAUAUUCAAACAACUGAAAUAUUUCUUGAAAAAUGCUUUAAAUGCAACAUUAUAUUGGAAAUUGUUUGUUUCAGAUUUUUUUCAAGGAAAGAAGUUGCAACUUAACACUAAUUGCUUCAAUACUAUCUCUUUCAUGAGGAUGAUAGAGGCAUAAAGCUUCUAAAUAGGGUCUAAAGAGUAACUUUUUAUCUUAGAUAAAGGUUAAGCUCUACAGUGAAACGGCAAAACAUCCUGCAGUUAUCUCAGAUGCUGAUGUAGUUUGCAUACAUAUUUGUUAUAUAUUACAUAAGUAUAUCCAGUAACCUCAUCUUGAAUAAAUAAAGCUUGAUCAGUAGCUGUGUAUUUCACUCACCUAUGCAUUCUCCAGAAUGACUUGCAUCCAUCAGUCUUCUAGGUAUUCUUCUCCAAUAGAAACUGGUUUUUGUCUGCCACUGAUGCUUGCUUUUUGCACUUAAUGGUUGGAGCAAGCCAGUUUUAGAUUAUUAUUUUAAAUGGGAAACUGAGGCGAGUACUCGUGUUGCUUGCCUUGUAAAGUAUAUUCUGCUAAAGUAAUAAGGAUACUUACUCACUUGAAUGUACUUAUAUGAGGGAAGUUUGAAAUGGCUCUAUGAUUCCCUGUAUGGUGUUACAGUAUACUUUAAGUAAGCCAAAUCCACAUCUUGAAGAAUUCAGCGCUUACAGUAGAGCAUCAUUUUUCUAUGAGCUGGUUCUGUUGUGCUACUUUUUCGCCUUCGGUAUCUAUUUCCUUACUUUGGGUGAGCAACAAAAUUGAGAAGGCCUGGGUGGUUUUUGUGAGGACAGUGAUUAGAAAAAAAGAUUGGUAUAAGCAGGUUCAUUUGGCUGUUGAAAUCUCUAGUGUAAUAUCUUUUUUCAUGGGAAGAGAUAGGUAGUUAUGUUGUACAUUGUCUGACUUACUAAUACUAGACACUUCUAAAAUUUUAUAUUGGAUGCCAUAUACAAAAUAGUUUAACAUGAAAGAUGACUGGAUCUUUCUGCUGACAACUUAGGUUGUAUGAGUUUUGCUUGAAAGCUUUAAAUCUGAUGUUUCUGUAUCUGCCACAAUGUUGGAAUGUUUCCUUCAAACAUAUCCUCCUGCAACCUCUCAAACUGUACUAAAUUGAGUGAUAUUUCUUGAAGUCUGCCUAUGUGCUAACAGAACUUCAUUUUAAAUAGAAUAUGGUUUUAAUUUUUGAUAAGCUGCUGAAUUUUAAAGAGUUUUUGGGGCCACCAAAUAUUUUGGAUCAUGCAGAGAAUAUAUAUUGUACUGUAGUAAUUUUGUAUUUACAUUUGUAUGAUGUGACAUAAUAGAUGUGAAUGUUAAUCACUGCUUGACUAUGUUAAUAAAGUUGUUUAAAUAUA